AGUGGUUUUUGCCUGGAGGUGAUUAUUGAAUCUUCUACGCAGCUUAUGCUCUAUUUAUAUCUAAAAUGUGCAGGUAGGUACUGCAAAGUGCAAACUAUCUAUCUAAGUAGCAGACUGACUCGCCGGGAAAGCUGACGUGAGCGUGUGGAAGAUGGCGAUGAGUUAUAAGGACACUGAGCUGACCUUGGGAUUACCUGGUGGAGGAAGCCGUGGUUAUUCCACAGGUGGAGGAGUCUACGGAGAGUUGAUGAAACGUGGGUUCAUAGAGACCCUUGAUGAUCCUCACGACCUUGACCUGCUUAGCUCUACCGGAGAGGAGUUUCGUGGCCAAGUUAAACCGGAGGAUGAGCAGUCGGAAGCAGCUAACUACUCUUCCAUUAGAAACAGUACUACUGCCGUGAAAGCCCCAACUGCAAAGGAUCAAGUAGUUGGGUGGCCGCCGGUGAGAUCGACGAGAAAUAAGGCUUUGGACUCCAAGAACUUAAAGAACAUCAGCAGCAGUAAAUAUGUGAAAGUGGGAGCUGAUGGAGCUCCUUACCUGAGGAAAGUAGAUUUAGAGAUGUAUACAAGUUAUGAGGAGCUAUUAACAGCCAUGGAGAAAAUUUUCACUUCCUUCACCAUAAACGGUAAGCAGUACAUGGAGGAUGAUAGGAAGCAACAGGUGCUUCUUAUGAAACAUGCAGUAGUGAAUGGAAUGGUGGAAUAUAAUCAAUAUGUGCUGACAUAUGAAGAUAAGGAUAAUGACUGGAUGUUAGUUGGAGAUGUUCCUUGGAAAAUGUUUAAGGAAUCGUGCAAACGUAUCCGGUUGAUGAGAAGUUCAGAAUCUGUAGUCAGAAAUUGAUAUGAUCGAUCCAAGUACUGGACAUUCCAGCUGAUCAUCGAUCUCAGGAUCGAGGAUCCGUCAUAUAUAUGUAUGGUGAUAUAUGUUAGAUAUAUAAGAGAUCGACCUACUUUCGCUCUCUUUUCUGUGCUCAUUCGAGAAUAUGAUCAUCAUUGUACGUUUUAAUUCUGUAUCCUUUUGCAGUAGUGCAUGUACAUUGUAAAUACUCGACUGAUUCACUGUUGCUUUCGACUAUGGGAGUAGAGGAAAUUUUUC